AUGAUCGAUGAGUGGGAAUUGACCACGCACCCAAUCGUGCAGGAUAGCGUCCAGCACAAUGCUCGUACCGUCUCCAAUAUCCGCGCUCUUACCGCAUCCUUAUUUGGUGUUGCAGCAGGCACGUUGGGCCUAGAGUCGUGGCCAGGGUUUAUAUUCUACUUCUUUGGCACGGCAAUAGUUUCCAUGCUCAUCUUCACACUCAAGGCGGACCAAGAUGCGAAGAGCUACUUUUUCAGACCAUUCGGCGACCUCUGGGCUGGGGACAUGUUUGGAGGAUUGAUGUCAUUUGUUCUUACUUGGACUCUCUUCUAUGGCUUGUGCAAAGCUUGA